GUUGCAGUACUGUUGAGCAAGAAAGCAGAGUAUUUUACCUGUUCGUGAAGAUUAUUGUCCACAAAUAAUUCCAUGGGCUUUAUAUUGUGUUUCAUUUCCCACCUGCUGAUGCUUCCAAUCUGUGUACAACAAUCAGAUCUUUUGCAUUCAAUAAAGCAUAAGAAUAAUGAGACUGCAAUUUGGGGAGAAAAUGUUACUAUUUUCUGCAAUUGGACAACUCCAGCAGAUGUUGUGCAAAUUACGUGGCAGAAGAUCCAAGACUCAUCGCCAAAAAACAUUGGUACUUACAGCAAUACAUUUGGAGAAAAGAUUCUUCCACCUUAUGUCAACAGGCUGCAGUGUAAGAUCAUCGAACCCAAUUCCUCCUUCAUGACUAUCCAGAAAGUGACCUUUGAUGAUGAAGCCUGCUACAAAUGUCUGCUUAACGUAUUUCCAUAUGGAAGCCAUGGAGGAAACACCUGCCUUCGUAUCUUAACUAUAUCAGAGUUAACUCCUGAAGUAGAAUUCCAUCCUGACUCUGAAGGUUUUCUUAGCUUUAUCUAUUCAGCAGUGGGAAAGCCUGCUCCUCAAAUUUCUCUUUUCCCCUCACAAGUCCUAAGUAACUCAUCAAAAGAACACUUGGCUCAGAACCAGAAUGGUACGGUAACCAUCACCAAAAUGUUCAUCAUCUCUUUGGAGAAGGCAAGGUCCUUGGGAAUCCAGCACCUGAUUGUGCUCAUGAAUCACCCUCUUGGGAACAAGGAGAGAAUUAUUUCCCUGCAAGAAAAGCAAGAAUGUUCUUCUUUUUGGAAAGUUGUGACUAUACUCGUUAUUUCAUGUUCUUCAAUUAUUACCAUCAUCAUCAUUUUCUGUAUUGUGUCAGAGAUCACUAGUGAAAGAGCAUCAGUCCCUUUGAAUGAGUCCUUGGCAUCUGGCACACAGUGCCACACAGCAUUUGGAGACAUAAUUGGAUUAAGACGUUGA